AUGUCUAACUGGGAUUACAUUGACGAAGUGGACAUCAUUCCCAAAUUGCCAGCUAAUUUCGAUGAGCUGCGUGAAUCAAAGAAGUGGCAGGAGCGGAAGGAGGCACUGGAAGCGCUUCUGAAAGUUGUCACGGACAACGAACGCCUUUCCACGAAAGUCUCGUACGCAGAGCUUGUCGGAAACUUACAGACGGUUUGGUUGAUCGCUUUUUAAUUUUUUUCAACUGGCUUUUUUCAGAUCCUCGCAAAAGAUGCAAACAUUAAUUGCCAAGCACUGGCGGCAAAAUGCAUCGGAAAAUUCGCUUCAGGACUUCGCACCAAGUUCACUCCAUUCGCCUCCCCGUUGCUGCCUGUAAUUUUUGAAAAAAUGAAGGAGAAAAAGCCGAUGCUCCGUGAGCCGCUCGUGGAAUGCUCGAAUGAAGUUGGACGGACGAUGCCAUCACUUGAACCCAGCCAAGAAGACAUUCUCGCCGCAUUGGCCAAGCCUAACCCACAGAUCAAGCAGCAAACGGCUUUGUUCGUCGCAAGACAGCUGGAUCUGGUGGCCCCUGCAAAGCAACCGAAGGGAUUCAUCAAAGCGAUCGUUCCGGUGUUCGGGAAAUUGACUGGAGACGCCGAUCAGGACGUCAGAGAGGCGGCUUUGCAAGCUCUUGGAGCAAUACAAAGACUCAUUGGAGACAAGAAUCUAAAGUCGCUGCUCGGAGAUCUGUCUUCUGACGAUGGAAAAAUGAAGAAGAUCGGAGAGUUCGCCGAAAAAUCAACUGCGGUUUUCGCUGAAGAACAGGCUAAAAAUGCUCCAGCUGUUCCGCCAGCAAGCACUUCUUCCGGUGCAGCUGCUCCGAGUAGUGCUGCAAGUGCUAAAGGAACUGUUGUCGCUCACGAACCUGUUGCCGCGGAAGAAGCAGAUCCAUGGGAUUUCCUCGACGCAUUCGACGUUCUCGCCAAAAUGCCGGAAAGCUUCGAUACGAACAUCGAAAGUAAAAAGUGGCAAGAGAGAAAAGAGGCCCUGGAAGGACUGCUGCAACUGCUCACCGCCAAUCCGAAACUCGACCCAAAAGCGAAUUACGGUGCAUUGGUUGAACGUCUUCAGAAGGUAAUGUAAAUAUUUGGAAUGCGUUUUUGAAAAUAGCUAAUUUUUUCAGAUUCUCGAGAAGGACGCAAACAUCAACGUGGCCGCUCUCGCCGCGAAUUGUCUCACAGGCAUUGCCAAUGGGCUGCGCACCAAAUUUCAACCAUUUGCAAUCUCGGUUGCUCCAGUUAUUUUCGAGAAAUUCAAAGAGAAGAAGCCAACGCUCCGUGAUCCGCUCGUCGGGUGCAUAGACGCUGUAGUCGCCACUGUAAGCUCGUUUCUGACCUGCCCUUCUUUUCAAAAAGCAACUUGCAGACAAAUCUCGAAGCGCUUGGCGAGAUUGUGCUGGCAGCACUUGGAAAGCCGAAUCCGAGCAUCAAAACGCAGACGGAUCUGUUCCUGCAGAGAACCUUCAUGAAGCUCAAUUCUCAGACAAUGCCGAAGAAGACUCUGAAGAUAUUGAUUCCGCCACUCAUCAAACACUCGGGAGAUUCGGAUUCAGAAGUACGAGACGCCUCGUAUGCAGCAAUGGGAGCGAUGAUGCGUGCUAUUGGAGAGAAGCCGUCGCUGCAGUUGCUGGCGGAUAUAGUCCCGGAUACUCUGAAGAUGGGAAAGAUCAAGGAAUACCAUCAAAAGGCUCUCGCAGAGGCUGGACCGGCCGAGAUUGCGGCCAUGGUUCAGUCGAUUCACAAAGCUGACGUGAGUUUAGUGCAGUGAUGUGUUGUCGUUAUGGUGGUUGUAAAGUGUAGUUUCGUGAUGUUCAGGCUCCAGCUGCUGCGGCGCCGCCGAAGAAGGCACCACCAAAGGUCGCUCCGAAGAAAGAGGAAGUUGAAGAAGAAGUUUCGGCCGACGAGGAGGUAUUUUUAUGUUGUAACUCCGUUGAUAUUAUCAUCGUUUCGCAUUAACUUCAAGAUGCAAGUGCUCCUUUUUCAGCCGCUGAAGCUUCCCCCUGGAACCGAGAAGAAAAGAGAAGAGAAAAAGGUUGCUGCCCAGAAGGAAAAUGCGGAGAACGAGCCGCCAAUUGCCCCGAAAGCUGAGCUCUUGCUCAGCGAGAAUGGUGACAAAGCGCUGAGAAUUAAAGAAGAAAAACAAUUAAAGGUAAUCAUGUUUCUUGAAGAAUUACAAAACUGUUUCGUUUCAGCUGGUCAAGUGGAACUUCCAAACACCGACAGAUGAGCACAUCUCCCAGCUCCAGACGCUUCUUGGCAGUCAGGCCAAAGUCAGUUUGAUGAGCCAGCUCUUCCACAAAGACUUCAAGCAGCAUCUGGCUGCUCUUGAUUCUCUCGUAAAGCUGGCAGACACUAUUCCUGGAUCGCUCAUUUCCAACAGUGAUCUUUUGCUCAAAUGGUGCACACUGCGCUUCUUCGAAACCAAUCCGGCUGCUCUGAUUAAAGUGCUCGAGUUGUGCCGUGUCAUUGUUCAGCUGAUCAGGGAUACGGAGACGCAGAUGCCGCAGGAAGAACUGACGUCGUUCGUUCCGUAUCUGCUCAUGAAAACGGGCGAGCCGAAGGAAAACAUGCGGAAUGCAGUCAGGGACAUUAUCAACAUUCUGUCGGAUAUUGUUGGUCCUCUCAAAAUGACUCCGAUGCUCAUUGACGCCCUGAAGUCGAAGAACGCCCGCCAACGAUCGGAAUGCCUGCUGGUCAUCGAAUCCUACAUUUCGAGUGCCGGAAUCAGUCCUCUCAAGUCGUUGGUCAUCGAGAAAACUGUGGCUGCGCAUGUCGGAGACAAAGACGUCGGGGUCCGGAACGCAGCGAUAAAUGUGCUCGUCGCCUGCUACAAGUUCGAAGGAGAUCAGAUGUGGAAGGCUGCUGGAAGAAUGGCAGACAAGGACAAGUCGCUGGUAGAGGAGAGAAUAAAGAGAUCGGGAGUGAGGCCAGGAAGCGGAAUCGUCAGCACGUCGCCACCAGCAGGAGGACCGAGGAUUGUCGUUCCACAGCAAGUUCCGUCAGUCCGUCGCCCAGCUUCUCGUUCUCGCACUCGUGAGCCCGAGGUUGAUGAGGACAUAACAAACUUAACCUUCGAUCGCACCAUCGAUCGCCCGGCAAGAUCCACGUCGAGAUAUGCUCUCCGUGACGAUGUCUACUCAUCGGCAAUUUCUCGAUUAGAAGACGCACCACUCCCGAAUCCAGUUAUCACCCACCGUCUGCCAUGAAUGGAUGGGGCAACCCAAUGCAACAGACAAUCAAGAGAACAAACUCGUCGUCGUCGAUAUCUUCCAUUGACACUUCGGAUCAAAUACAACGGAGCAUCAACAACAUCUCGAGCAGUCUGACGGAUGUUGCUCAAGACGCCAUGUUCCAAGUUACGUAUGUUCUCAACCAGCCGGAGCAACGCCAUCUGGUGGACCGUCGAGCUGAUCUUGUGUUCCGUGCCUCUGCUGCUCAACUUGAUCUGGUCAUAGAAGAGUACAACAAUGGACGUGAUAUUAGUGGAACAAUGGAUGCGUGCACUCAGAUGCUUUUCAUCGUCAGUCCAACUCCACGGAAAGCGUUAUAACAGUUUUUAAUUUCAGCUAUUGGGAGGAGUCGAGCAAGAGCAAGGCCUAGAGCCAUUGAAUGCGUCGCCAGAUACUGUUAAGGCGAUCAUCUCGUCUGUUCUGAAAUGUAUUAUCCAAAUUGGAAGCUCCGAAGCCGGCUACACGUUAGCCAGGUCGAUGAACCGUCUGGCAAUGCGUCUUAUCUAUCGUGUCGAGCUUUCAAAUCUCCUGUGUGGACUUAUUUUAGCGAUGACCGAAUCCCUUCAGAAGAACAGCGGAAUCACCGAAUUGAUUUCUAAGCUUUCCUCGAAAUGGUGCGACGAGCUGGAAAAGAGGAGAGCGCAGUUGAGGGCGUCCGACAUUGUCGACUCCUUCAAUGCCUUCUACGUUUGCGCUACGGCUGUUCGUUUCUUAACCGGCUCCUGAUGCCAUCAUGUUUAUGUUUUUAGGAACUCGGAAUGGAUAUCAACGAUCAGUACGUGCAGAUCGUAGACAAUUUCCUCGAGCGAGUGAUCCUUCAGCAAGGAGACGUCGUUCUGGACGCCGCCCGUCGACUCUCCCGCCCACACAUGCAUUUGACGAGCAUGAUCAACAAGAUACUGCAGACGAUGAGAGAAAAAGGAAUCGCCCCGAUCAUGCCCGGAACGGUAAGUGCUUACAAUGAACGUGCGGAAGUGAUCGAAGUCAAUUUACAGUUGGAAGAGCGAGUUCCGCAAGAAGAUGAAGCCGUCGUCGUGAGAAGUGGUGUACAGGUCACGAUUGACAACAUUCUGAGAGACAUGUCAAUGGCCAACAGGCACAUUGAUCAGCUCAAUCAGCUCAUAACGAACAGUGACCGACUGCGCAACGAAUACAACGAGUACACGAAGAAGAAUCCGUUGGGAGAGAUGGUGCAAGAGUUGGUGUCCGAGUACGGCAAGAAAGGGCGUGUCGACUUUGAUCGUUCGUCCGUCGUCGAGUCUUCUAUGGAAAUCUUCAAAACAAUCGCCAUUCUGGGACCAGCCAUAGAAGAAGGGCGCGUGACUCCAACUGAGAUUCAGAGAUUUAACGAUAGCACCUUUGUGUAAGUGGUAAAACAGAUUAAAAUUAAAACCCAUCCGUGCGUUUUUCAGGGGAUCCCCGGUCUCCCGUGGAGAUGCUACAAUCACCCGAUCACGCGGCAACAUGAUCCGUCCGAAGAAGCGCACGACGAUGAGCCGUGAGCAGCUGGAGAACAUCAAGCAGCAACUGACCAGGGCGAAACAGCCCAACUAA